UUCAAGCAGCCGGGAAAUUCCCCAUUUCUAAGAAAUUCAACGCAAUAAACAGCAGUAAUAAACAGAGUGACAGUCCGAACAUGGCGCAGUUUUUACAGAACUAAAACGUAUUGAAGAUGAACGUAGGACUAAGGAGUUAACCGUUCUAUUCGAAGGAGUUCAGACAUCAAUACAGAACAAGAUGAAUGCCAGACGAAGGCCUGCACCGGGUGAUUUGCCACGCCAUCAUUCCCACCACCAAAAACCACCAGGAUGGCCGUGGUCGCCUGCUGUACACCCAGAAGAAUUACGCCAUAAGGUGGAAGGUCUGAAACAACUUGGGAACAGCGUUAUCAACUCAAAUCCGCAACAUGCCGUGUAUGUGUACACCCAGGCUUUGAACAUUUGUGGCAACUGUGAAGAGUCCGGCAUUAAUCUCCUGAACAAUUAUGAGAUUUGCUUACUUCAUAGCAAUCGUUGUGUGGCAUUCAUCAAUUGUCAAGAUUUUCCCAAUGCAUUUAAAGAUGCUAUUGCUUGUGUCAAAGUUGAUCCUAGCUUUGCGAAGGGUUACUAUCGAGUUGCUACGGUGAUGAAACACUUGCACCGUGAGGAUGAAGCAAUGGAGGCCCUGAUCGAUGGAUACACCAAAAUCAUCGGCAGUGAUCAGGGCUCGUUCUCUAAUCGGGUUUUGUUUGCGUCUGAAAUCACAGUCCUUGCAGUGAAGCUGUGGGAUCGCUGGCCGAAAAGUCAAUAUCUGUUCAGGUCGUUUAGUGCAAGCCUAUCAGUAUGGACCCAAGUUGUCCAAAAGCUAGCCAAGAAAAAUAGCUGCGUCGAACUACGCCUGUUGUUUCUCCGGGGCGGGACACAGUCAGGCAAAUCCUAUGAUGUCGGACACGGUGGUGUUGCUACAGGUUGCAACACAGCAUCAAUAGAACUGAAACCAUUGACAAGAUACGUCAUGAGUGAACACAAGGAAUGGGGUAUGCAUCUUCUGCUUGCACUCGUCAAACAUGGGUCAAAGGUCGAAGGUCUUUCCCAGAAGGAAGGUGACACGCCUCUUCACUUUGCCGUGGAAAACACCUUGAAAACUGGUUGGGUUGACCUUCUGGAGUACCUCUUCCAGCGUGUUUACAAAACUAGCGCCGAGAGGAACCCCACGGAUCGGUUUGGUGAUUCUCUGUUUCACGUGGUCGCCAAGACGGCAUGUCCGUUUCAAUAUACUCAAGUCAUUGUAAUCAUCCUCAAGAAGUAUCGCAUUGAUCCAACCAGAACGGACAGACAUGGCCAGAAGCCUUUGGAUGUUGCUGUAAGGGCUCACAGUGAGGUGUAUAGCUUGCUGCGGGCUACUAUUUUGGAGUGGGAGAGAUCAACGUCUAAUUGGCAAGAACAACAGCAGCAGCAGCAGCAGCAGCAGUAUAGGCCACCACCACAGCAACAACAGAGGGGACAGCCACGAUUCCCAUACAACCCAGGAAAUCAAUACCCUCGUCCCAGGUUCCCAACUCGUCCACCAAGUCCUGAACAGCCAUUCUUUGAUCCAAAGAAAAUGUUUUCAUCCAACCAACCUCACCUAAACCAACCUCGCCUAAACCAACCACGGCAACCAGCACCGUUUUUUGAUGCUGGCAGAAUAUUUGGCGAUAAGAAACCACCUUGGCAACGUGAGCAGAUAACGGAGACAGCAUUAGAACAGAGGAGACGAGACAUGCUGAGAAAGCAACAAGAGGCGGCCGAAGAAAAACGGCGAGAAGAAGAAGAAAGAAAUAGAAAGAGGAAAGAAAUGUUUGAGGAGAUUGAGAGAGUGAGACAGGUGAAAUUGUUUGAGGAGGAGCAGGAACGACUAGAGGAGGAACGCAAGAGACGACAAAAGAUGGAAGACGAGAGGCAACGAGAGGUAGAGAGGAAGAAGAAAGAAAGUGCACGUCAGCAGAAGAUACGACAAAAGCAAGAGGAGAAGAAGAGAAAGGAAAAUCUAAAACGGAAAGAGAAGAGAGAGCUGCGGCAAAAGAAAGAGGAGGAGUCCAGACUUGAUGCUUACAAGAAAGGAUUGAAAUGUCAAGAACAAGGCAAACAUGAUGAGGCAGUGGAUCUGUUUCUGGAGUUUAUAGGCCUUCACCAUGAACAUACAUUCUUGUAUCGGGAUCUUAACCGUUGCCUGAAAGCACUUUUGCAUUCCCUGGAAGAGGUUCAAGAAAUCCGCCCAACAACAAAGUGUGCUGCCCCACCAACCUUCUGGAAUGAGACGGUGAAAGAGUUGGCCAAGGAACACAAAUGGUGGAGUUUGUUUAUGUUGUUUGUCGGAGGGAGUAGCAGUGCACACCAGAACAGCAAGGGAGUAGCGUUUGGAUGUGAUGCGUCGUGCGUGUCCAUCUUAGCAUUCCUGUUGGCAUGGGAGUCUCUUACUAAAGCACCCGGGAGGCUUCCGAUGGUUGAAGCUUUGUUACAGAAUAAGGCUAAACCUAACGGUCUUCUGGAUGACCACGUGACUCCACUGGUUUACUGCCUCCAGAAUAACAACUAUUCCCUCGUAAACCUUCUCUUGAAAUACGGAGCGGCGCCCUCGCAGUUGGUCGUUGAUCCAGGUGACACUCCUUUACAUGCUGCGCUGAAAAUUGGAAUUUUACAAGAUGACCGCAAGUUUUCCAUGUUGGAGUUACUCCUGACUACGUAUUCUUCUGAUGAGACCUCCGUCUCGUACCUUGACAAGAACGCCAGGGACCGCAGCGGCAACACCCUGUUCCACUUGGCCCUCAUGAAGGGCACCAAGACUCAAUCGACCAGCGUCGUCAAGCUACUCAGCUCACACAAGGUGAAUCCUAGGCUGAGGAACCACGGAGGGAAGGUACCCCUCGAUAUGAUUAAGAACACCGACCGGCGCUACAUGUUUCUUGCUGAUGCUGCCAAGUACUACAGUGACGAUAAGAGGGACAUGAUGAGCAAAACAGGCAAAACAAGUGAUACUGCAUCAUCUGAAGAUUAUUCUGAGGAAUGGGAAAACUACGAUGGAGUCAAGCCCCACAGUCGUGAUGGACAGCACUCCUCCCAACAACCCGCCGAGCAUGUCCCUCGGAAGGAACGCCUCAAGCAAGAGGUUGAGUCCUUGCUCUAUCUGAUGCCUGCUUAUGUUCCUAAGCAGCCGGGUCUGGAGGAAGUGACAACGAGAAAGCCAAAAACUGCGAUGUCUCCCCAACGUAACGGAGAGCUUGGCAACCCGACUAUUGAUGAUGAAGAUGAAGUGGACGAUGAGUCUUGGGAGGUUCUUGACAAUGAAGAUGAAGAUGAGGAUGAGGAUGAGGAAAUCAUAAUCAACGCCAGCAUCUUCGACGAUCUCACCUGGGAAGUGGAAUGCACCGCCAAGGUUUGGAAGUUCCUACGUGACAAGCAAGUCCUACACAGCUUGAAGGAGACGUCAAUACGCAAGAUUCAGAUGCUGGGUAACGGGAACUGGCGAGGGCGUCUCUGUAAGCCUCUUGAGGGACUACCGAAGCAGCACAACAUGAAGCUUUACGAGGCUAGACUGACUAGAGGGAGUCGUAUCCUGUGGGAGCUGGCGAUAGCCUUCUCACCGAGAUGCAGCGACGAGUGUGAUAAAAGACUUGCCUCAGAGGACAGUUCUUCUGAAGGCAUGGCCGUAGCAGGGGGCAGAGUCUAUUCAGAGAUCAUCCGUAUAUGGGACAUUGUCCUUGACCAUGACAAAGUGUCACAUGCCAUCGAGGUCAUCGUCAAGUCGGUGGAGAGAGGUGAAGAAUGCAUCAUCCGUAAGAAUCUGAUUGGAAUGAGUAACAAAGUCCCAACUGGGGGUACAACUCAGCAACGGUUACCAACGUUGUUCAGGGAGAUCACCGGAAGCUCCCCAGAGCGGAAAGGGCGAUCCUUCCAGGACGAUACCAAGAAGCCCCCUCAACCAUUCUUCCCUCCCGCCAGCUCAAGAGAGAACGAGUACCACAUCAUGAAGUUCUACUCCGUAACCUCCACACUCGUAAAUGCCGUGCUGAAUGACAGUAACGUGAAGGUGGAUUUCCCGUUCCGUGUGACGGAACUCGAGCAUUCGAUCAUCAAUCUGCAGAUGAAACCGCCCUCGUCUCUCUUAUUGCUCGGCAGAAGUGGAACAGGAAAGACAACCUGUUGCUUGUACAGAAUGUGGACAAAGUUCUUCAAGUAUUGGCAGAGGGCGUCGGAGAUUGGUGAGCCGUGGCUGCCAAGAGACAUAGCGUUUGUUCAUCAAGAUAAGACACAAGAGGAUGCUGAUGAGGAUGUGUCAGCAGAGGGAGACGCUAAAGCUGACGAUGUUCGUAAUGAGACCAGAGGGCGCCUCGAUGCCAAGACUACUUGCAUUGAGGGCGCCCAAUCAGCAGACGACAACGCAGACAACAACGACGAAGCAGUCCCGACCACGAUGGAUCAUCUCCAUCAAAUCUUCAUCACAAAGAACGCUGUGCUGUGCAGUGAAGUCCAACGCAACUUCUGCGACAUGACCCACGCCUGCGAGUGCGCGACGGAGCCCCAACGCCUUCAGGAUACCCCGAUCCCUCAACGGUUCCAGGACGCUCCUCAGGCUCGGUACCCGUUGUUCCUGAGCUCGCGUCAGUUUAUGCUGCUCCUUGACGCAUCGCUGCCACGCCCUUAUUUCCCACGGGCUGCUGAUGGAUCGAUGAAGAGAAAGAUCAGAGGGUGGGGAGAAGAGGAUGGGCCGUUGACCUUUAUACCCCUCCUGGACGAUGAGGACUUUGAAAACGAGGAGGACCCAGAAAGAACUCAGGAGGACGACCCUUCGAAAGAGGGUACCCCAGACGAUGACGAUGACAGUGACAUUCACAACAUCGGGGCCGCUGCCCAGGGUGGUCGUCAUGACAACCAAGGAGGCGGGGAUCGGAGGGCAAAGUACGACCCCAGACGAGAAGUCACCUACGAGGUGUUUGCCUACGAGAUGUGGCCUAAGAUCAACAAGAAGAAGUUGUCUUAUCAUCCCACGCUGAUUUGGAUGGAAAUCGCUUCUUUCAUCAAAGGUUCAGUUGAAGCUCUACACACUGACACAGGUCAUCUAUCGCUGGAGAGCUACAAGGAUCUCGGUCGCAAGAGGGCGCCAAACUUCACUGCUGACCGAGAGGAGAUAUACCUGCUCUUCAAGAAAUACGAGCAUGAGAAGAACCAGAAGAGCUACUUUGAUGAAGGUGACCUGGUGUUUCAUCUUUACAGCCGUCUACGAGACAUCAAGACCAUGGACUGGGUCAUCCAUGAAAUCUACGUGGAUGAGACUCAGGACUUCACUCAAGCCGAGUUAUCGCUGUUCAUUCGAUGCUCACAUGACCCCAAUGCACUGUUUCUGACGGGAGACACUGCUCAGAGCAUCAUGCGUGGGGUUUCCUUCCGAUUUGAUGAUCUGAAAUCCCUCUUUCACUACGCCAGCAAAUCGGUCAAGGCCCUCGGGAAACACUCGGCAGUGUCUGUUCCGAAGAGAGUUUACCAGCUCACUCACAACUACCGGUCACAUGCUGGAAUCCUAAACCUGGCCUCCAGUAUCGUUGAUCUCAUGACCCACUUCUUCCCUAAUUCCUUCGAUCGAUUGGAGCGGGACCAGGGACUGUUUAACGGACCCUCCCCAGUCCUGCUGGAAUCCUGCAGCUUCAGUGAUCUAGCAAUGUUGCUGUGCGGAAACAAGAGGAAAACAUCAGAAAUAGAGUUUGGUGCCCAUCAGGUGAUCUUGGUUGCUAACGAGGAUGCAAUUGAGAAGUUACCAGCUGAACUACAAGUAGGGUUAGUCAUGACCAUCUUUGAAGCUAAGGGAUUAGAGUUUGACGAUGUUCUGCUCUACAACUUCUUCAAAGAUUCCCCGGCGGACAAAGAAUGGCGAGUGAUCACCGAGUACCUGAACGACCUGAUUGCAGAUCAUCAGAACCUGACAGAUGAGCCGUCUGAAGCCUUGCGGACUAUUGAUCUGGAUAAUCUUAGCUCAUCCUCUCGACCACGCCCUCUAAAGUUCAACCCGGACGAUCAUAAGGUACUGAACUCUGAGCUGAAGUAUUUAUACACGGCCAUUACGAGGGCGAGAGUCAAUGUUUGGAUCUUUGACGAAGACGAAGUCAAAAGAAAACCCAUGUUUGAGUAUUUUCGGUGCUUGUCAUUGGUUAAAGUGAUUCAGCCUGAGAUUGUGAACAAAGCGGGCGUCAGUGAGUUGGACGCCAUGUUUGUUGAGCAGUCAACGAACGCGGAGUGGAUCAAGCGAGGAGACUACUUCCUUAAGAACAAGCUAUGGCUCGUUGCUGCCAAGUGCUACCAGCGCGCUAAUGAUGAAAAGAAAGAGUUUCUUGCACGGGCACACCACCAAGCCAUCGAAGCCGAACGCCUGCGUGAAGUCCCCCACAAGAUGCGAGAGGAGUUCUUGGUGUCUGCUACCCUCUUUCUGCAAUGUGACAGCCAUAAGAUGGCAGUCAACUGUCUGUACAAUGCCAAGGAGUUUGGACUCCUGGCCAAGCUCUUGGAGAAGCUUGGAGAGUUCUCCAAUGCAGCCAAGGUUUAUGAGAAGCGUCUGAACCGUGUUAGCGAUGCCUGCCGUUGUCUAGAACUAAUGGGUGACUACGCCAAGGCCUUGGACCUUCUGUGCAGCAAAGGCUUCCAUUCUAAGGCACUAGAUGUUGUCGAUCGCUACAAAGUUCUAAAGCAGGAGCACUUAAAACUGGGAUCAACCAAGCCGAAACAUAUCAAGCCACCAGGGGCGACGCACUCCUUAGAUGAAAUGAUCUACAAGUCGGCAGACUACCACCACAGGCAGGGAAAUGUUGGUCAGAUGCUGGACGCACUGGAUCACUUGGGUCAGUUUGAGCAGAGAGUUGAUUUCCUGCGUAAAAGAGGUCGAUUCGAUGAGGCUGUGACAAUGCUGGAGGAAGCCGGCCGUGAAUUGGAAGCCGCAAAGAUGCUCAAAGAGCAGGGCAAGCUUGAGGAAGCCUGUAGCAUCCUGGAGUCUUUAGACUAUCCAGAGUUUGUUGCUGACUGUCGACUGGGCCAGGCUAAGAAGCUCCUGUUGGAGCCAGAAACCGAUGAGCGAAACACAGCUGUUAUCAACCUCCUGACUAAGGCAGACGAGCUGUAUCUUAGAUGUAAGGUUGAGUCUGUUAGGAGAGCAGAGACGCAACUUGUUCUGGGUCACCUCAAGAAGGACGUGGGAAAGGUUCGCGGGGCAAACCUGUAUUUCAACAAAGUGUCACACACUGCUGGAGAGUCUGCGUGCAUCAGUUUCAUUUUGGAGCUAGAUCCGCCUAAGGUGUUUCAAGUGAAGAGUCGUCUCUUUACUCCUCUACAGAAUCUCCUUCAACUUAUCUGCGCUCUUUUUGAAUGCAAGACGGCAGAAGAGGAGCGACAGAGACUGCGAUGUCAGGAAUUCUUCGGUCUUGUACCUGGGGUGGACGGACAGCUUCAUAUCCAAAGCUGUGAGGGAGCCAGAAUCGAAGCCUAUAUCGGGAAGAAGCUGCUGUCAAAAACAGGAGACGUGGAUCCCGUCAGAGCUCACGAGAUCAUCGCCAAGAAGUGCCUCAUUCCACGAGCCUUGGAUUGGGUGAGAUGGAUGCGGAAUAUCUUGCAUGUAGAGCGGAAGAAGCUCAGACAGUGUCAGAAGUACAUCAUUGGGAUGCCAUGCACAAAGCCACGCGGAAUGUGUGUUAAGCUCCACGAGCCGUACACACACCAUAAACUCUUAAAUCUCGUCAAGUGCCUUGUCUAUUCCAUUGAAAUUGAGGACAUCAUGGAGAAGGCGUCCAGGCUUUCCAAGUUCCCAUCCGCGGAGAAGCUCACAACCGAGAUUCAACAGCGAGACCGGUCGAGAUUCAAGCUGUGUAACGAUCUAUAUGAGGUGUUCUUUCCAGAGCACUGUCACCAGAGAAUCAUUGGGGAUUCUUUCAAAUCAUUGGCGGAAUUUCUGAAUCUUGUUCAGAGUGCGGUGAUAAAAAAGCAGAUGAAGGCAUUCACUGAAGAGGAACGGAAGAGGGCUAAGGCCUUAGACAAAAGAGCAGGCACCGACUUGUAUCGCAUGUGCCUUGGAGUCUACCAACUGAUCGGCGGAGGAACGAAGGUCAUGGAUGGCUGGGUGGUUCAAGAAGAGAGCGAUUAUGUGAAAUGGCAAAACAAAGGUGCAAAAUAUUCCUCGAUGGGAAUGCAUCCGCUCAACCCUCGUGAUCGUAGAGGGAGACACAUGAGCUACAAAAGACGUCACUUAGAUUCUUUCGAUUAUCUUUACUCCAAGCGUGACGCUCCGGAGUCGUUGAAGGCCUUCUAUGGAUUCUUUGGGACAAUUGCUUAUAAAGCUGUCCACCCCAUCAUGCCGUCAAUAAGUAACACAGUCGCAAUGAUAGAGGCAAACGUAACAAUGGUUUUGGCCAUCGGGGCCAAAUGCAAUCACUGCGCCAUUGCUGUUCCAGCCAGUUACCUUUCACAAGCUACGUUUUUCGAUGCACUUUGCUGCCCACGCCAGGGGCAUGUCAUGUACAAUGCUGUGAACAGUGUCGCCUCGUUCAACAGGCUGCCCUUUUACCAUGUAAGGGCUUUGGUUGACCUGAUUUGUGGGUCGGGAAAGUACGGUAGAUAUGUGAACACCUUGGGUGAUGCCUUCACUUAUCUCCACUUCAUCAUGUCUGGCGAGGCUGAACGCACUCUAGUUCUUGUUCUAGUGAUGCUGUGUAAUGCUGGGUUAGCGCUACCCAUUCAGGUAGCCUGGGACAUUCGUUGUGCUCUUCAGGCGAUUGCCCCGUCAGAACAUCACCCAGAGAGAGUUGCUACUGCUUUACGAAGCAUCCAGGCAGCCCAGAGCCGUCGUGAUGCACUUUGUGUUUUAGAAGAGCUGUUAGAAGCACGAGAAAAAGAGUAUCUGAGAGAAUGUGUGUGGUCUACAAGUAUGCCGUCUCGUGGAGCUGUAGGUCUAGAUUUCAAGAAGAUCAAUAUCCAGGUUUUUGAGAAUGUAUACUUUGAUUCACUUCCUGAUGAAGAUCCAACAGUCUUUGUUCUUGAGGGUAAGAGAGUUGAGAGGGGAGAAGAUGGGUCCUCUGAGGCAGCACUCCAGGAAGAUCUAGGGAUGGGAUUAGAGGUGUCUGUAGAGGAAGCCGCCAAGGUACAGCGGGAUCAGGAGAAACUACAGAAGGACAAAGCCAGUAAGAUCAUUGUCUCCUUCUUCAGGCGGCGCAAAUUGCUACUUCUCGCCUCCAUCUUGAGACAACACGGCUGGUGUAAGAUCAAAAUAGUAGAUGCAGUUCAGUCUGGACAAGAGGAAAAAGCCAAAGAGUGGGUCUCGAAACAACUUAUUGAGUUCAGCGCACUACGAGUUAGCCCGGCGCUGUGCACAAUCUGUAACGUAAGCCUGAGGAGGGUUGCGGAGACAAAACCCGAAUUGGGUGCUCAAGCUGAGAUGUUGGACGAACGAGAAUAUGAUGACUUGAAAGAUGGAAGAUCAACUCCAGAGCCAAGAGAAGAGAUUUCUCCUGAGGUGGAUGUUGACGCCUCGGCAGACUUCCCCACUAAAGAGGAGCACGAGGCAAGCCUUCUUCAUCAAGAAACACACAGUCACUUUCUUAAGUACGGUGUGAUGCUUACGGAGGAGGUUUAUCCCUUACUCGCAGCGGUGGAGGGUUUACUGGCUGAGCUCAAUUUCCCCUCUCUUCAAGCUGGAGCUACAGAACCAACAGUCGUACAUACAGACCUGCAGUACUUCGAAGAGAGUCUCAACAGACUUAUAACGGAUCUCAAAAACAAAAUGGCGGAGCUUCAGAAGAAGCGAGCGUUUGAACAACUGCAGGAGCUGCAACAUGGAAUGGCAUUGCUGACGAAAGUGUUCUCCAAAGCUGAAAAAAGAUACAAGAAACGCACACAGGAAUCACUGAGGGCAGCAGAGGAAAACGAGGGAAUUAUAGUAACAGCAGACGACGCGUUGGAAGCAGACAUCGCACUCGAGGAGGAAGAGGCGGCCAACGAGGAUAAAAUCCUACCUGUUGCAGAGCAACCAAGAAACACCAAGGGAGGUCGGACCAAAGGAAAGAAGAAAAGGAGUUGGCAGGGUCGGAUGGGGAAAAAAAAGUGAUGCUGAUCAAAGUUGGGUGCCUUAUUUAUUUUUUAUUACAUUGCUUUGACGUUAUUGUUCUUUUAUUAUUAUUUUUUUCACCUUGGAGAAAAACUCCAAACUGCUUCGGUCAAAACGUCAGGCCAUUUACUUUUGUUUCCGUCUUCAUUUAUACCACAGAUCCUUUUGUCUGGUAAGCAGUUUGCAACCGAUAUUUCUAAGUUCUUACUUGUAAUGACGUUGGAGAAAAGAAGCGUUAGGUGGAAGUGUCGUGGCCGAGCGGUUAAGAGCACAGAAUUCAAACUCUGGUGUUUCUGA